GUAUUAUACUUUAGAAUGGGCAGAGGGGCACGCUCGAAGAAAAGCGGUCGGCCUGUUGUAAAGCGACAGUACAAACCAGACAAUGAUGCGCAGGUGGUAGACCCUGAGUUGGUUGAGCGGUUUCGCAACACGCGCCAACCGAUUCGCAAGUCUGCCCUUUACACCGAAAUACUGAAGCAAAAGAAGGAUGCAAAGCGUACGCGGCGUGAGACUCGAGAGCGCGAACGCAAGACGCUAAAAGACAAGGCUCCAGCAAAGGAGAUUCCAAAAACCAAGGAACGGCUUCGCUACCCUGAUGUAACCAUGAUUGAGGACAAGGAUGAUCUCGAGAUCGUCAGAGAUGAAGCGGACGACGAAUUCUCUAGUUUCUUUAGGGAAAAAAAGAAUCCAAAAAUCCUCAUCACCACUGGAGAGCAUCCGUGUUUCCGAACCAAGGAAAUGGUAAAAGAGCUGAUGUGGUUACUACCCCAUACAACUUACCGCCCACGCAAGUCAUAUAGUCUAAAAGAGAUCACCCAGUUUUGUAUUAAUCGAGAAUUUACAGACUUGAUCGUUGUAACGGACCGCCUGAAGCAACCCUUUAAUCUUAUAGUUUCGCAUCUCCCCGAAGGACCGACCGCGCUGUUUCGAAUCUCUAAUUUUUUAACCUAUAAACAACUCGAGAAUCCAGCGCCGCGGACAAAGCACUAUCCGGAACUGAUUUUAAAGAAUUUUGAUACCCGCUUAGGACGCCGUAUCGCUCGUAUGUUUGAAUGCUUGUUUCCUAGCACACGAGAUUACGCUGGUCGCGCGGUAGCAACCUUUCACAACCAGCGUGAUUACAUCUUCCUGCGCACACACCGGUAUAUUUUUGAUAGCUUGGAGGCAGUGCGGCUGCAGGAGAUGGGGCCGCGCUUUACUCUUAGGUUGCUAUCCUUACAGUCUGGCACUUUCGAUGCUCAGUUUGGUGAGUAUGAGUGGUUUAGAAAGAAGGAACACGAUUCGGACAAACUGGAAUGGUACUUGUAGUUCCGAGGCCCGCCGAAUCGUGAACGCUAAUCAGCGCACAAAAAACGGUGUGCAAAGUGACAUUCUUUUGCCAUUAAUGCGCGAAUUCACGCGUUGGCGCCUCAGACAGGUAGCGGUACAUGUUUAGGCGUUUAUAAUUUCUAUUGCACAUUUUUGGUGUAAUUUUUUUCCUUUCUUUUUGUGAUUACCACUUUUAUGUGUACUUUAAGAACGAUUAAUGGCGACCUAAAGAUAAUCCUAUU